ACUCCAGCAGUUUUGCUUUCUUGGUUGCCCGUGGUUGCCCAGCUGCUGGUGAUACCUCAACCUGCCUCAACGCAUGUUGAACAAUGGCCUGACACAUGUGAUGAGCCUAGCUGGAAGUAUCACUACCAAAACGGCAUGCCACACCCCUUCCAAGGUCAUUGGUCAGGUCGAGGUUGGCAUGCAGUGCAGCUUUCCUCUGGCUGACAAGUCUGUCGGGUGCUCCUUGAAAGCAUGGAGUGUGUCGAGGAGCAUGCAAACUAUGGAGUCUGUGGAUCAGUUAAGCUCCACUUCAGUAUCGAGGCCUUCUAUUUCUCCAUUAAAAGCCAGUGGUGACAACUCGCAGCAGGGAUGCCUCCACCGAUGUCGUCUCUGUGGUUAUGAGGCUGAUAAACUGUUUCAUCUGGAAGAACACGCCAGGGUCCAUACUGGCGAGGGUCUGUUUAAAUGUCAUUUGUGCCUGCAGAGCUUCUCAAAAAGGAGCACCCUAAACAGGCACCUGUUCUACCAUACUGGCCAGCGUCCGUUUAUAUGCCAUUUGUGCUCUCAGUGCUUCUCAUCAAAGGACACCCUGAAGGGGCACCUGAGCGUCCAUGCUGGUGAGCGGCCAUUUCAAUGCCCUUCAUGCCUUCAGAGAUUCUCACAAAAGUCCAAGCUUAAAGAACACCUACGCACCCACACAGGCGAGAAGCCAUUUCAAUGCCCUUCAUGUCCUCUGAGCUUCUCCCGUAAGUCCACCAUGAAGCUACACCUGCACACACAUACAGGCGAGAAGCCAUAUCAGUGCCCUUCAUGCACUCAGAGAUUCUCACAGAGGAGUGCCAUGAAGCAACACCUGCGCAUUCAUACAGGUGACCGACCACACCGUUGCACUGUCUGCUCCAAGUCCUUUGCGCGGGCUGAUUGCUUGAGCAGACAUAAGAGAGCACUGCACCAUGACACUGUAGAAUAGCUCAACAGCCAUGUUGAGUUAAGCCUGAAUUGGGAAUCUACUGACCUGUAGCGUGCUCCAUGUGUACCACUGCAUCAUGUAGCACAAAUGUCUCCAUAUGCUCUUAAAGCGGCCCUGGAACACUUUUUUUGGGUCACAAUGUUUGCUCUAAAUCUAUUCUCAGCUGUCAUAAAACAGUGCAAAAGAAAUUAUGGAAAUUGACCCAUACAAAGCCAAGGUAUUGCUCAGAAAAAACUCGGAACACAGCUGAACCUCGAUAUAACGAAUCCGGUAAAAUCCGGUUAUAUUGGAAUUUCUUUAUAUUGUGACUGUCAUUAUACGAAAAUUGUUCAACGUUUGAUUCAUUUCCUUUGUUGCACUGUUCAAUUUCAAGAAUACUGUUUCCACACCCCCACAAAAUAUGUUUGUUCAAUGUAAUACACUGUAAUGCUUAUUAUUACACUACAUAUGUCUAAAUGAUCUGCUUUCUAAGUUUUUCAAAUUUUUUAGGUAUUGUAUUUUGGGGCAUAUAAACUUGUUCUAUUAGGCUAAUUCAUGUAUUUGUUGCCUCAAGGUUCUGGUAUGUAUAUGGUUCAUUCUGGAUGCUAUUUUGAUCCUUAUUUAUUCACACCUUUCUUUUAAAAUAGCUACCUCUUUAGAGCAGUUUAUUGUUGAAUAAGUUUGCUUGCCACUGUCUGUUUCAUCAGAGCACCAAAUAAAUGUCUUUGUUUAUUGAGUA